AUGCUUCGAUUCGAACUUUUUAAUAUUUUGGAAGACGAACAUUCGCACAAUUCGCGUGUUACAAACGAAAGGAUCAAUUACAAUUUGGAUAUUAGUGCGGUAGAAAAUUUUCGGCUAACUCGUAGCCAAAUUGAAAAAAUUUUGCUAAAAAUAGGAGCGCAUCUGCAAUACACUAGUAAGCGUAAUAUGUGCUUAAACCCCCUGCAACAGUUAUUAACCACUCUGCACUGGUUAGGUAAUGGUGGCCAAUAUCAUGGAAUUGCGAAAAUGCAUGGGGUUCACAAAUCAACGGUGUGCAGAGUAAUCUAUCGAGUGGCAAAUAUCGUGAUAAACGAGUUCAUGGACGUAACUAUUCGUUGGCCAGAAUUUGAAGAAAAUCAAAAUAUCGCCACACAGUUUUUUAAAAUUGGUGGAUUUCCACAAGUCGCAGGGUGCAUUGACGGAACGAUGAUUGAUAUAGACGCGCCUAACGUUAACGAGGAACAAUUUGUGAAUAGGCACGGAAAUCAUGCGAUUAAUGCAAUGAUGGUUUGUGGACCUAAUUUUCAGAUUUAUGCCGUAAAUUGUAAUUGGCCAGGGAGUGUGCACGAUGCCAGAGUCCUACGUAAUUCUAAUUUGUUCGGCAGAUUUGAAAACGGAUUCCGUCCAUUCCCUAAUGCCGUAAUUUUAGGAAAUAGUGCUUAUCCGUUACUGAAUUGGCUAAUUCUUCCUUUGCGAAACAAUCCGACGUCGCCACAUGAGCAGCUUUUUAAUAGAGCGCAUAAAAAAACAAGGAGGAUUAUUGAAAAUUGUUUCGGUAUGACGUUUAGACAUACAUUUGUUUUUUAA